CUGUUCCAACAGACAAGAGAAUUGUCUCGGUUUUGUGCUAAGAGCACUGUCUAUCUUUCUAAAUGCCGUCUAAAAACGAAGGCACUAACGAUGUGAAAGGAUGGUAUCACAAAACUUGCACUGCACCGGGUAGGCUGGAUGGCAAAUUAGCCGUGGUCACCGGGGCCAGUACGGGAAUCGGGGAGGUGACAGCCGCCGAGUUGGCACGACGGGGUUGCAAGGUGAUUAUGGCGUGUCGUGACCUGAAGCGGGCGCAAGCCGCGGUUGAUCGGAUCUUGGAUAAAUAUGGGCCAUCUAAACCAGAUAGUGUCAAGCUGAAUGUUGCGGAUUCGUCAGUUAUUCAAUACCUGUCAGUGGUGCAACCAGACCAGUUAGUUGUGGAAAUGCUGGAUCUGGCCUCGCUACAGUCCGUCCGUGAGUUCGCCAGUCGCAUAUCAUCAAAGUACGAUAAAUUGGACUAUUUGAUCAACAAUGCCGGGAUUAUUCAAACUAAGAUCAAGAAAUCAGUGGAUGGAUUCGAGUUAACUCUGGCAACAAAUCAUCUUGGCCCAUUCUUGCUCACUGAGCUAUUGACUCCGAUGUUGAAACGCGCGGCCCCAUCAAGAAUUAUCAACGUGUCUUCUAUGGUGCACUACAACGCCAAAGUUUGGAAGCCUAACCUUUUCAUACCGGAAAAAGAAUACUCGGAUUUGACAGCAUACAACUGGUCAAAACUUGCCAACGUAAUGCACGCGAAGGAACUGAGUCGACGUCUUCAAGGCACUGGGGUGACUGCGGUUAGCCUCCAUCCGGGAAUCGUGAAAACGGAGCUAGCAAGAGACUUGUCGGGGGCUUUUUCGAUGUUUCUCAUGAAGCUUGUAAAACCACUGCAAAUCACUCCAUGGCAAGGAGCGCAGACGACGUUGUAUACUGUGCUAACCAAGUCGUUGGAUCCGGGCGCAUAUUAUUCUAAUUGCGCAUGGAAGGAAGCGUCAUCGGCAGCACUCAACGAAGAAGACUGCAAAUGGCUGUGGAUGAAAUCGUGUGAGCUGGUUGGCAUUUCGAGCACAUGAGCAGGCGAAUCCCGGUGCUUCACAUGACUGCCUGGUUCAGUGGAAACAUUUGUGACACUGUUUUAUAAUGUCGUAAAUUUGAUAGUAGAAUACCCCUAGUAUGGCCUGUUUAUCCAAGAAAAGUGUCUUUCUUUAGUUUUUAAACACAAUAAAGGAUAGCAUGUAG